GAUAACCCGACAAGUUCAGUCAAAGAGUUGAAGAUGGAAAGCUCGGGCUCAGGCCAAGCCAAAUGCAUCGCCGGCAGCAGCAGAGAGGCCGAACUAAAACCCUGCAAUGCCGAGAGUAAACGAGCUGGUUGGGCUACAUUCCCGUUCAUCACAGGAGCGGCGGCCUUGUUGAGCGUGGGCGCAACCGGAUGGAUGACGAACUUGAUUGUGUACUUGAUCAAAGAGUUCGAUGUGAACCGGAUCGACGCAGCGCAGGUUUUCAACGUGAUCAAUGGCUGCUUCUGUCUCCUCCCGAUUCUUGGCGCGGUCAUAGCCGACUCCGUCCUGGGAUGCUUCUUGGUCGCCUCCAUUUCUUCCUUCGUAGCCUCGAUGGGUAUAGUUCUUUUAUCCUUAACGGCGACGCUUAAUUCAUUGCGGCCCGAGCCGUGUGGAAACGGAUCAAGCUCGUGCAAAGCCCCAUCUAACCUUCAACUCGGCGUGCUCUACACAGGGAUAGUCCUAGCGACACUCGGGGCGUCCGGAGUGAGGUUCACCAUGGCAACAUUAGGGGCGAACCAGUUCGAAAGCCAAAAGGAUCAAUCGACUUUCUUCAAUUGGUUCUUCUUUGCACAAUACGCCGGUUACGUCCUAAGCAGCACGCUGAUCAUUUAUGUCGAGGACAGCGUGAGUUGGGCCUUUGGGUUUUGGCUAUGCGUUGCUGCAAACUUCAUUGGGCUCGCGGUUCUUGUUGCUGGAAAUCGGUAUUAUCGCCACGAGACACCUCAGGGGAGUCCAUUACUGAGCUUAGCUCGUGUCCUUGUUUCUAGUUUACGGAAACGGAAGCUUCAGCUCACACCGAACAGCAAUGAGUUCUAUUACGGCCGAGAUGGACAGAAUAAGGAGGUGGGCGUACCUCCUAAAAUGAACUUCAGGUUCUUGAAUCGUGCUGCUGUGAAAACUGAUGGGGACACCAAGUCCGACAACUCCAUCGCCAAGCCUUGGAGGCUGUGCACGGUGCAGCAAGUGGAGGACCUAAAAUCCGUGAUCAGAGUGUUACCACUGUGGUCAAGCACCAUCUUCUUGAGCAUCCCGAUCGCUGUCCAAAACAGCAUGACAGUCCUCCAAGCCUUAACCAUGGACCGCCACCUAGGACCCCAUUUCACGAUCCCGGCCGGUUCAAUCAUCGUCAUGGUCAUGAUCUCCACCUUGGUCUCUCUUGCUUUGAUUGAUCGCUUUCGAUCCUCAUUCCCGCUGUGGAAAAAGCUGACCGGUUCACCUCCAACAGUAUUCCACAGGAUCGGUACGGGUCAUCUCCUGAAUGUGCUCGGCAUGAUUGUAUCGGCACUAGUAGAGUCACGCAGGCUCAGGACAUCCCAUCUCCACCAUCUUCAGAACGUUUACAAUCAUAUAGUCCCGAUGUCUGUGCUGUGGCUAUUUCCUCAACUGAUUCUGGUAGGAAUUGGAGAAGCAUUCCAUUUUCCGGGACAAGUGUUGCUGUACUUCCGAGAAUUCCCGGCGAACUUAAGCAACAGCGCGACUGCAAUGGUGUCGGCGGUGAUUGGGAUAUCUUAUUAUUUGAGCACCGUGUUGGUCGAUCUGGUUCGAAGGAGCACGGGGUGGUUGCCGGACAACUUGAACGACGGGAGGUUGGAUUGUAUGUAUUGGUUGCUUGCUGGGGUUGGGAUGGCAAAUUUCGGGUAUUAUCUCGUAUGCGCAAAGUUGUACAAGGGAAAAGAUGGGAGUUCUAGUUCGAAUCUUCCAUUGAGGGAUGAUGCUGGCGAAAAAGAAUGAGGUCCUAAAUACGUUUGUCCAUGCAUGCUGGCGCUGGAAUUAGUCUAUGUACAUUUCUUGUCUAGUUAGACAAAAAUGUUGUUAAUUUGAA